AUGGAUUCUUCAACCGGUUGGAUCGUUGCCGGCGUCGUCCUGGUGGUGUGCGUGGUGGCCGGGUGGCUCAUCUAUCGUCGUCUGCACAAGCCGACCCCGAAAUCGUCCACGGUGAUCGGUGCCGUGCGCAACGUGCGCAUCUACAGCACGCCAUCCAGCGCCGGUCUCUUUACCGGAUCGCCGUCCUUUGCCUUUGUGUGGGAUCCGCCCAACAGCGGCGCCGGACCCGGCUACGACAUUGCCUACGCGUACACCAUUACUGAUCCAUCGGGCGCCAAGACGUCGGCGCAGGCCCAGAAGAGCGCUAUUGCGCCACUGCCGACGCCGCUCAAGGACGGCACCUAUUCGAUCUCUGUGACGGUGUCCAACCAGUUCGGAUCGGGACCCAGUGCCACUGGAUCGGCCGACCUGAGCCUGCGUCCGGGCGCCGUCACCGGCAUCGCGCUCGUGCCCGCCACCAGCGAUCAACCACAAAACUAUUUCAAGUGGAAUCGGGCCGCCGACGGACUCGACUCGGAUGCGCCGGUCAGCUACACCGUCAAGCUCACCGAUCCCAAGGGUGUGUCCACCGCCGGUCAGACGCAGGGUCCGGCGUGGCCCAUCCCGCAACCCUCCAUGAACGGCACCUACGCCAUCCAGAUCACCGCGAGCAACAAGUACGGCCAGGGUCCGAGCGCCACCGGCCAGGGCGCGGUGGUGGUGUUCAGCAUCACCGGCACCAGCGCCAACUGGGUGGCCAACUCGAGCGCGCCCGGAGCCUACACGCUCCAGCUGUCGGCCGACGUGACCGGGUACGAGAGCGGCGAUCGGAUCACCGUCGAGCCGCAGUAUCCCGACGGCAGCCCCGUGAUCAUGCAGGGAGGAUGCAGCGCCUUGCCCCUCUCCACCACGUGCACCUCCACGGGCAGCGGCACCAGUCGGUGCGUGGCCGCGACUGCGCCCACCUACGGCGUCGAUCCGAGCAAGGUGCCCGCCUGCUCGGCGUUCCCGACCACCGAUCGCGCGUCCCGCGGCAAGGCAUUCAAUCUGGUCUUCCGCGCGCUCUCUCCGACGGCCGGAUCAUCGCAGCCCACGCCCCCCACCGUCGCGUCAAAGUUCCCCGGAUCCUCGACCCCGGCAUCCGUGUCCAACAUCCGCAUGAGCCAGUAA